UCCUUGGGGUGAGCUAAGAUCGUCAGACAAGCGAUCUGCUGAGAACUCCUCGUAAACCCUUAUCUGAUACUACGGUCCUCAAGCUCUCUUUAGCAACAAUGUGCGAACACUGGGGCUACGGUUCUGAGAACGGACCCGAGGUGUGGGGCAAGCAUUUUAAGAACGCCGAUGGGUCUCGUCAGUCUCCCAUCGACAUCGAGCCCGCCAGCGCCGUCUACGAAGCGGCGCUGGGCGCCCUCUCCGUGAGCUACUCCGGCGCCGACGCCAAGAGCAUCUCCAACAGCGGUCACUCCUUCUCCGUGGACUACGACGACUCCGGCGACAGCAGUGUGCUGAGUGGGGGGCCCCUCGCCAACCCGUACAAGCUGAAGCAGUUCCACUUCCACUGGGGGGCCUCUGACGCGAAGGGAUCCGAGCACACCGUGGAUGGGAAGUCCUACUCUGCCGAGCUCCACCUGGUGCACUGGAAUGCGGCCAAGUACGCAAGCUUUGACGAGGCGAAAGACAAGAGCGAUGGGCUGGCUGUGCUGGGCGCCUUCGUGAAGGUUGGCGCAAAUAACGCAGGGUUGCAGAAGGUGACGGACGCUCUGAAUGCCAUCGCGGACAAGGGUGCCAAGGCGGACUUCAAGAACUACGACCCCUCGGUUCUCCUGCCCAAGUCCCUGGACUUUUGGUCCUACCUGGGCUCUCUGACCACCCCGCCCCUCAAUGAGAGCGCUAUCUGGAUCGUGCUCAAGGAUCCAAUCUCCGCCAGCAAGGAGCAGUUGGCUGCAUUCCGCUCACUGAAAGCGAGCGACGGCUCCAAACUGGUGUGCAACUUCCGUCCGACGCAGCCUCUCAAAGGCCGCGUGGUGCAGGCCUCCUUCAAGUGAAAAGCCCGCUGGACGCAGGGUCCCGUGUGCGCGCGUGUCACCGCUUGUCACCGCGCCUGUGCUGUUGUGCCAAUUGCGCCGAGUCACGGUGGUUGUGGAAUUGUGUCCACCUACUAAUCCCAUUGUGCCAAAUACAUCAUUAAAAUUAUAUACAUAGUAGGAUGUAGAUAGUUGACAAAUUUGUAGAGGGGAUUCAUCGAGCAGUAGAUAAAGCAUGGCUGAUGGUGAUCAUAUAGAAUGAGUAUCUAAGUGAAUUGCCUGUUGGGUAUGCAAUGAUUGUUUUUUAAGGAUUGAAUAUUGGUUGACAGAAGCACAAACGUUGGCACACAAUUUAUACCUAGAUAUAUAUUUAACAAUUCCAAGUGUCGACUCAUUUUUGGCAGAAAAAAAUAGAUCAACGUUUUAAAAAUGUUUAACUUAUCAAACCCAUAAAUGUGUGCCGUUUUUUCUUGGUUAAUACUUUUGGUUUGCAAAGUGUCCGCUAGGGGGACCAAAGUUUGUGACUAUGACUGGAAAUGUAACACAGCACUUAAAACACUGGAUCCAGAGACAGCUUCCGUUUGCUAUUUGUGCUUUAAUAUAUCAAUCGAAGUGAAAUGCCGUGAUUAUGCCUUCUUACACGUGAAGAUUUGUGCCAAACUUUAAAUGUUCAAUAUUCACAAUUUAGCAAAUUUUCAAACGCAGUGAUUAUUCUGUUUAAAUUAUUCCGUUUUUUAGUGUUGUUUUUAUGAGCCGUUUAAUGAAAGUGGCUGAGGACCACUUUGACAAUACAAUAGUUAGUAACAGUGAAUAACUUAAACACCAAUGAUCCGUGAAUAUUUAAUAGCUUACUCUGUAAAGCACAUUUCCGUUUGCUCAAAUCAGUUUGCGCUUCCGACUGUUGCUUUUGGGAUAAUAAAGAUCAAAUAAACUCAAAGUUUGUGUCACUUA